CGUACCCACUGCCGACUCAAUUCAGAGCCAUGGCAACAGAUAUGGAAGUACGGACAGAGGCAGAGCAGCGGCUGCUCGACUUUCACUGGUCGUACUCUGAAGAGCCGCAUCGGACGCGGCGGCAGGCCAUCAUCAAGGCGCAUCCCGAAGUCGGCGCGUUGUGUGGGCCAGAGCCCUUGACCAAAUGGCUUGUGUUGCUCGUUGUAUUUGUGCAGACACUUGCAGCGGUUUUCCUGAGAGAUGCACCUAUCCUGUCUUGGCGGUUUAUGCUCACAGCCUACCUACUUGGUGGCACAUGCAACCAAAACAUCUUUCUCGCCAUUCACGAAAUCUCGCAUAAUCUGGCAUUCAAGAGCAUGAUGGCAAAUCGUUACUUCGCUAUCGUUGCUAAUCUGCCCAUUGGCCUGCCGUACUCGGCCGCCUUUCGCCCAUACCAUCUGGAACAUCACAAACACCUUGGCGUGGACGGUAUCGAUACAGACUUGCCCACGCGCUUUGAGGCGCUCUUUUUGCAGAACGUUCUCGGCAAGGCAUUCUUUGCUACCUUUCAAAUCUUCUUUUACGCGUUACGGCCCAUGAUGGUCAAGGCCAUGCCAUUCACACCGCUGCACUUUGCCAAUAUUUUCACGCAGCUCUCCUUUGAUUACAUUCUCGUCUCCCUCUUUGGCUGGAAGCCUUUACUAUACUUGCUCUUCUCGAGCUUCUUUGCAGGCUCAUUGCAUCCAUGUGCCGGGCAUUUCAUCGCAGAGCACUAUGUCUUUGAGAAUAGCAUGUCGGACGAGACGGGUGUCCCUGCCGAGACGUACUCCUACUAUGGCGGUCUCAAUGCACUCACAUACAACGUUGGGUAUCACAACGAGCACCAUGAUUUUCCCUUUGUUGCUUGGACGCGCCUACCAAAGUUGCGAGCCGUUGCUUCUGAAUUCUACGAUGAUUUGCCACAGCAUGGCAGUUGGACAUAUGUCAUCUUUCAAUUUAUUACAGACCCGAAGGUUGGUAUGUUCUCAAGGGUCAAGAGAACAGGAUCAAAUGUCAAGAAGGCAUGAGGGUCAAUGCUUCUAUAGAUGGCGCUAGCGUUGCUUUUAGAAUAGAGUCCAAAUUGAUGUUUCCGGCUUUUUGAAGAGAUUGCGCAUGAAUCGCCAGUGUCGGAAUGCCAUGACUUGCGAGCUGCUGACCAAAG